UUAUUUUGUUUUUGUGUUUAACUGUACUCUCUCUCUCUCUAACUGUGUGUGUGUUUUUCUCUCUCUAGGGUUUUAAUUUAAGCCAUAAGAGGACUUCAAAGUUGUCGAAUGUUUAACUCGCUGGAUUUCAAUUCAGAUCUUCAAAAUCAGUUUAAUUUCACAUCUUCGAGACCUGCUAUUUCGUUAUUUGGGGCUGCUGUGGAUGAGUUAAUUUGGUGAUCAGCACGUGGGAACUCUUGGACUGGGUGGGAUCGAGCACUCCAGAUUUCUUAAUUCUAUUGGUAGCUAGCUGUUUGAGAUGUAUGGUCAGGGUAACUAUGGAACUCAGAUUGGUCAAAAUGCUAAUACUUCUAGGCCUCAAUUGCAGCAGUGGCCUCCUCCCCCUCCACCUAUGAUGCCACAUGGUCAUCCACCAGGACCACCCCAAGUUGGUCAGCAUGGCCCUCCUGCAUAUCAGCAUGCCCAUCCUGGUGUACGUCACCCUUGUCCACCUUUUCCAGUUUCAACAAGUGGCAGUGAUUCUAGUCUAUUUUAUCCACUGCCCCCUCCUCCUCCUCCAUCUGCCCAGCAGCAUUCACAGUGGAAUCCCAGUAUGCAUCAUGUUCCACCGGCAAUAGCUCCGGGUGCUCCUAGAGUUCUUCCACCACCUCCACCACUGGGUCAAAUGCCUUAUAGAGGUGCAAUUCAUCAGCCAUCACCAGACAGUAUGCAAUUGUUUCAUCAUAAUCUUCCUCCGCCACCGCCACUACCACCUAAUUUGCAGAACCCUGGUUUUUCCACACCUUCUGGAUUUGACUCCACGCAUUCGAGAAACCAUGAUUCCCAUGUACAACCUGCAGUACCUGGCCCUCCUCAGCCACCUUUGCCGCCUUCACCUCCUGGGGAGCCACCUCUUCCACCAUCUUCACCACCUCUCAUAUCUUCCACUACAAAUGCUAAUGGUGCUAAAGAUGAGGGGGCGUUUGAGCACGACGGACGAAUUGUUUACAGAGAAGGUUUACCAGUAAGUAAGAAGUUGUCCUCGGGUCUUCCAUCUUCUCCUCCUAAGCCUAUAUCACUAGCAUUUCCAGGAGAAGGCUCAUCAAUUCAACUUAUUAAUUCAAUAAACUCAGCUCCGUCUCAUUCAGCUGCUGAUUCUGAUAUGGAGAUGGAAGACGAUAUCACCCAGCUAGAUGAAGAUCAACAGAUGCACUCCUUUGGGGAUGAUAAGCAGUUACAGGAUAGCUUAACUGAAGAUAUACUACAUCAAAAUUCAUCGUGCUGUGGGUCCUUGGAGCCAGAGGAACAAAGACAAGAUUCUCCAUACCGUGCUCCUUCAAGUCCUCCGGCACCAUCUUCUGAGGCCAAUGGUUUAAACAGGGAUAAUGAACCCUUCCUGGAUGAUCAGGUGCAGAUAUCAUCUUCCCUAGAGAAAGGUUUGAGCCAUCCUAGUGCAUCACCCACUGAUAAGGAGGUUGAUCUUGAGAAUGUUGACAGUCAGCUCGUGGAAGCUGCCAGUCCUUUCAGGCUGAUUCAAGGCUAUGCCUCGGACGACAGUUUAGACAAUGCUAGUGAGAAUUGUCUUGGAGAUCUUGGCUGUUUGACGGUUCCUCCGCCUAGUGAAGUUGUUACUAUAACUGCCAGGACUGAUACUGGGAAAUCACCCUUAUCUUCAGUUAAACCUUCAAAUUCUGUUGCCAGAGAUGAUAAAGAAUCUUUUGCUGCUGUAAAAUUUGAGGAUUCCACUGAUCAUAGUAGUGGGAAUCGAUUAUCUUUGAAGAGUGAUACUGCUCCUGGAGGACCUCAUGGAGAAAAUGUUUUGGGUGUUGAUGAUAAUGACAGUUUUGUUUUGGUUAGGAAAGAUGCUAAGGAUAAAUCUCCUACACGGAAGGUUGAUGAGUAUGGGAGAUUGGUUAGGGAGGGGGUUAGUGACAGUGAUUCUGAUGAUUCACCAAGGUAUAAGCGGAGACAUGGAAAAAGAGGAAGAAGCCGGAGCAGAAGCCGCUCUCCAUAUGAUAGGAGGAGGAGGAAGAGUCCACGGAAGAGAAAGGACAGGUGGGAUCGAUCUCGGAGCAUCUCUCCAAAAAGACGCAGAAGUAGAAGCAAGUCGCCUUCUAGGCAUGGGCUAUCUUUUGUUGGCGACAAAAUGAGAAGGGACAGAGACUAUCCUCCCCAAUGCUUUGACUUCCUUCGAGGCAAGUGUUACCGUGGAGCAUCGUGUCGAUAUUUCCAUGCUGAGCUUGAUAAGAGUGGUAGAUCAGGAUCACACAGGAGCAAACAUCAGCACCGAGAUCUUCCACCUAUGUCAAAGGAUUCUGAUAUGCACGAUUCAAGGGAUUCUCAUACACAUGAAAAUAUUGGGAAUAAUCAUGAUAGAUCCAAAAACCAGGAUAUUCCUGAUAUGGAAACUAAAGAUAUGAAAGAAACUGAACCUACUUCUCAGCUUUAUGGAAAAGAGAAUCAGAUGGAACUUGCUGACAGUCCAGUAAUUGUUGCUGAAGUGGAGAAGCUUCCUGGUGAUGCUGCUGGGGGCGGGCCCUCCUCAGUUGGAACUAUGGGGAUUAAUCAGUCUGAAGAUCAUGUCUCUGAUCAGAUGCUCUUAAAUGCAGAUGAGAAACUCAAAGAGGAAUGUGAUUCAUCUAUUUUGGAGUUAUCAUCUGUCCAAACAUCAUUCAUGGUCCCACCAGUCCAGUUUCCUCAAUUUGUAUCUGCUAAGGACUCGUGCCCAUCAGAUGUACUCCAAACAACACCCUUAUCUGCUUCCUUUCCUUCACUUCCACAAGCUUCAAGUACUGCAUUUGCUCAGCAGAUGCCCAGAGAUCAUUACUUGCCCCCAUCUUUUAAUUCUGCAUAUAUCGGAAGUGCUCCUCCAUAUCAAGCUCCAUUUCCUCAUCAACCGUCUCCAUUCGCUGUACCUCUGAGUUCCUCUUGGAAUUCUCUUCCACCACGUCCAGCACUGUCACAGGCACCACACACUCAAUUUGUGAACGACUCCUCUGGAAAUGUAGCUGGUGGACAACAUAGUGUUCCUCAAGUACAUUUUCAACCAAAUAUAUUAGUUCCAAGGAAUGACUUCUAUGCAAGCUCAUCGCCAAAUAUUCCUCAAAUUGGUGAACAUCAUGCCUAUGUGCGUACUCAACCUGUCUACUCUAGGGGAUCACCGACUAGACCACCAGCUUUCCUCGGUGAAUCUACGGCUCUUGGUGAACUUCCUGGUCCAUCUUCUAAUAUUUACCCUUACAUGCAACAGCCACAUGCUGGUCGUCAGACCGCUGGUAUUUCUCGACAUCUUGCUGAGCCUGGAGUUAGUUCCUCUGCUUCAAGGUACGCAUCUGAUUUGUUAGAACAGAAUCAAGCUCCUCGGUUGCCUGAUUUUGGUGGAUCCAGAUUUUCAACUCAUUUCAACCCUUAUGCAUCUACAUUUGACCAGCCACUAACUACGAAAUUUGGUUCGGAUCCUUUAAUACAUGGAAGAGAUACACUGCCUAGUAAUAAAUAUGGUGCAUUUAGUUUGAGCAAUAUGCCAACAGAUGGCCAUCCUGCAGAAAGUCUUGGUUCACGAAAUAUUACCCCACCAUCUGCCAGUGCAGCCGAAAGAAUGUUUCCCCAGCCUGGUGGUAACCAGUAUGAUCCACUCUAUGACAGCAUAGAGCCAUCUACUAACUCACUUAAGAAGUCUGAUCCUGGUCAAAAGCGUGAAGUAACUGAUGACUCUGGCGUUAUGUUAAGGCUCAGUGGAUCCAAUGAGCCACUAGAUGUGGAAGUAAACAAGAGGCAGAAAGGAGAUGGAGCUAUCGCAUUUACCGCAUCGGCAGAAAAUGAUGAAUUUGGCGAGACAGCUGAGGCAGAAGUGGGUGCUGUUGAGAAUGGAAGUCCAAGUGAUUCAAGUGAUGAGGAAGAUGUUCCUGCAGGAGAGAUAGAGAUGGAACAGGUGAAGGCAUCUGGGGAGAAAAAGAAAAGUAAAGAUUCCAGAUCUAUGAGGCUUUUCAAGAUUUCAGUUGCUAAUUUUGUGAAGGAGCUGUUAAAACCAUCAUGGCGCCAAGGUAAUAUGAGCAAGGAGGUUUUCAAGACAAUAGUCAAGAAAACUGUUGACAAGGUCUCCGGAGCUAUGAAAAGCCACCAAAUACCCAAGUCUAAGGCAAAAAUCGACCAUUACAUUGACUCAUCACAAAGGAAAUUAACUAAAUUAGUGAUGGGCUAUGUUGAUAAGUACGUCAAGGCAUAACUGUCGAUUCGUUGGCUGUCGCAGUUAUUUUGCUUUGUAUUGUCACUGCGGAUAGCCACUGUGACUGCCUACAACUGCUUAUACUUUGAAACAAAGUCUUUCCUGACAAGCAGUGACUAUUGCUUUGCUGCUUAUUUGGAUAAAAGCUUAUAUGCACAACUGCCCCAAAACAUUGAUGCCUGAAAAUAUUUCCUUGAAUGAGUGACAUAGUAUUUGGGACAAAUCUUUGGUGGGAAUGGGAUGAAGUGCUGUGAUCUGUAGAGCCAACAUAUACAAUCCAACACCAAAGUGUUGGAGGCCUGUGAGAAGCGUACUCUCUCUGCAGAUGAAUUAUGAGACAGCAGCAGCACAUUGAGAAGGGCUUGUAUGUAAUAAGUUUUGGUUCAGCUUAGUUUCUUCUUAAUAGGUGUAUUGUUUAAUGGGUGUUGUGUAUAUGAAUAUUGUAAUAGCAAGCCUGUUCUAAUUUUUUUCUGCGUUA